AUGACUGUUAUUCGCCUGUCGCGGAUCCAGCUGGCACUGUUCUUCAUCCUGCUCUGUCCGGUCAACAUCAUCGGACUGUGGUGGGCGGUGGGCAGUCCGCUGGUGAUGGACCCAAACAGCAUCUGCAGGAAGGCCAAGCGUCUGGCGGGGAAGCAGGCCGAGCUGUGCCAGACUCAGCCGGAGAUCGUCAGCGAGGUGGCCAAGGGCGCCAGGCUCGGCGUGCGGGAGUGCCAGUACCAGUUCAGGUACCGCCGGUGGAACUGCACCAGCCACAACAAAUACUUCGGCAAAAUACUGCAGCAAGAUAUCCGGGAGACAGCCUUUGUUUAUGCCAUCACGGCGGCCGGGGUGACCCACGCCGUGACCCAGGCCUGCAGCAUGGGCGACCUCCUGCAGUGCGGCUGUGAGGCCACCAGGAACCGGGCGCCGCCGAGGCCGCUCUUGCCCUCGCCCUCCUCCUCCUCCUCCCCCCCUGGGGAUGGAGUCAAGUGGGAAUGGGGGGGCUGCGGAGACGAUGUGGAGUUCGGUUAUGAAAAGUCGAAACAGUUUAUGGACGCCAAGAGGAGGAGAGGCAAGAGCGACAUCCGGACGCUCAUCGACCUGCACAACAAUGAGGCCGGGCGGCUGGCGGUGAAGCUCUACAUGCGGACCGAGUGCAAGUGCCACGGCCUGUCGGGCUCCUGCACCUUGCGCACGUGCUGGAAGAAGAUGCCUCACUUCCGCGAAGUGGGCGACCGUCUGCUGGAGCGCUUCAACGGCGCCUCCAAGGUGAUGGGCGGCAACGACGGCAAGACCCUGAUUCCCGUGGGCCAGAACAUCAAGCCGCCGGACAAGCAGGACCUGAUCUACUCGGACGAGUCGCCCGACUUCUGCCUGGCGAAUCGGAAAACCGGCUCGCUGGGGACUCGAGGCCGCAUGUGCAACAGCACGGCCAUGGACAUCAGCGGCUGCGACCUGCUGUGCUGCGAGCGCGGCUACCGGGAGGAGACGGUGGUGUUUGAGGAGAACUGCCUGUGUCGGUUCCACUGGUGCUGCGUGGUCCAGUGCAAGAAGUGCCUGGUCCGCAAAGAGCUCAGCCUCUGCCACUGA